AUGGCACAUGCUCCUUCAGAAAUUCAAGGUGUGUCUCCUAAAGAUGCACCAACUGGUUCAGAAUCCUCCAUUACAUCUCCAUGGUGUGAUAACUCAAUCACUGGGGACUUGGACUUGAGGUCUCAGAGUGAAGAAAAAGCUUUCCAGGCUUUGACUGAGGGCUCCCUGACGAAAGAGCCAUGCCACACAUUGUGUGCCUCUGAACCAGAUGGAGAUAAUGAUUUUCCUCCUCUGCCCUUUCCCAGAAAACUUUGGGAAAUUGUUGAAAGUGAUCGAUUUAAGUCCAUUUGGUGGGAUGAAAAUGGAACCUCGAUCGUGAUUAAUGAAGAACGCUUCAAGAAAGAAGUUCUGGAGAGAAAGGCUCCCUUCAGAAUAUUUGAAACUGAGAGUAUGAAAAGCUUAGUUCGACAGCUUAACCUUUAUGGAUUUACUAAGUUGCAAAGGAAUUUUCAAAGACCUGCCUCACUAGCCAACAUUCUGGCAGAAGAUAAUGAAGUCUCUGCUUGGAACAAGCUGCAGUUCUACCAUAAUCCAAAUUUUAAACGAGGCUGUCCCCAUCUGUUGGUGAGGAUGAAAAGAAGAGUCAGGGUGAAAAAUGCUUCUCCAGUAUCGGCUUCUCUACUUCAAGGUUGCAGCAAGAAGCGCUCUAGAACAGGGGCAGCCCUGGGGAAGUGCCCCUUAGUUUCUCAGUGGCCCAGCAAGCCACGCCCACAUUCAGGGGGUGCUGCACUCCUGAGGAAGAACUGGCCCACACUGGCAGCCCCCUGCAAGAACACCCACAGCUCAGAAAAUCUAGAAAAGCUCAGCCCAGCCAUGCAAAAUCUUCCUCCAUUCCGAGGAGGUCCUGCUAAUUCAGCUGACCUGGGGAAGAGCCCCUUGGUUUCUCAGCAGCCCAGCUAG